AUGAGCGACGGCAAGGACAACCUCGACCUCUGCGCCCUCGGCGCCGCCGUCCCCAACGCCGCAGAGCUCAGCGCCGAGGACAAAGCUUACCUCGUGGAGUCGAUUAAGAACACGCUGCAGGGUUUGGCGGCCCGGCACACGGACGUGCUCGAGAGCCUGGAGCCCAAGGUCAGGAAGCGGGUCGAGGCGCUCAGAGAGAUCCAGUUAGCGGCAGGGCCAAACGGGUCGCAGGCGAUGGCGGAGUUCAUCGGCAGCGCUGUCCCGAACGGCGUGAUGAGCUUCAUCAACGUGGGACACUCCGCGGCGCUCGGCUCCAUCGGCGACGUGACGGGCUUCGGUCAAGACCAGCAGUUCACGGCCGUGCAGAUGCUGUUCAGGAGCUACGAGGCGGCCGAGCCCAUCACGAGGCUGGGGCUGAACGGCAGCUACGAGGAUGACAAGUUGUCGCAUCUCGAGCAUGUCUCAUAG